AUGGGAAACGAGGGAUCAAAGGGGAAACCGAAGAGCGGCCCGUCGAAGACGAUUCAAGGAGCGAUAUCAGAGAUACGAGGUGGUCCCUCCUCAUCAACGGUCACAAAGCACAUGGAAAUGGCACGAAAGAGUCGAAUCUUGCAACUAAAAGGCGCAAAUUUGAAGAAAGUACCCGACAAUAUAGCUGAGUUAUGCGACGUGUUGCGGAAUCUGGAGUUGAGUCAGAAUCGAAUCUCGUCAAUUCCGCCAUUUAUCGGACAUUUUAAUCAGCUAAAACAGUUGCAUCUCUCGGCGAAUAAUCUCGACUCGCUGCCCGACGAGAUCGGUUCGCUGAACGCGCUCGAGGUGCUAAAUUUGUCGGAAAACUCGCUCGGCGCGUUGCCCGAUUCGCUCUCGAAUUGCGCAAAUCUGCGCACGUUGAAUCUUGACUCAAACGAAUUUCAGCGAUUCCCGAACGUUGUCAUUUCCCUUCUCAAUUUGGAUAUUCUCAACCUGGCCAAGAAUAAGAUCGCUGAGUUGCCGGAGAAUAUCGAUGAACUGAACGCGGCCGAGGUGAAUCUAAACCAGAAUCAACUCGCCUCGUUGGCGCCAAAUCUGAGCAAAUGCCCGCGUUUAAAGAUUCUACGAGUCGAGGAGAAUUGCCUUCCGAAGACGGCUUUCACGAAGGCUUUACUCGAAAGCUCGCCAGUCAGCAUCAUCGCCUAUUCGGGGAAUCUGUUUCAGGAGUCCGAUUUUCAGAGUUUACCCGGCUACGAAGACUAUCAACUCCGCUACACGGCCACCAAGCGAAAAAUG